UCACCCAGUCUUCUGCAAUGCACUGCGCUGCUUCUUCAUUACGAUUCAAUUAGUCUUUUGUCCCAGGAACUGGUAAAGAAAUAUGUCAUAAUCCAACUGGCAAUACUUUAUCUUUACUGUACUAUGUCCUUGUGACUCCACAGACACGCAAAGAAUAUGACCAAGCAACAUGACCAAGCAAAGGGCUAAAGCCAGCAUAGGGGCAUCACUAAGGCAUCCAGAGGCAAAAGAUAUCAGUUUCAUUUGCAGUCCUGUUUGUUGGUUUCUAUACAUUGUUAGUUCAUUGUUCUCCAUCUUCUGCCAUCCAGGAAACUCUGCCUGCUUUCUGUGCUGCUAUUUGCAGAGGGGUUUUACUGAACUUCUUGGCAUGGGUUAGUCUCGCUGCUCAGGUGUUGUCUGGUUUUCUGUAGAGACAAGGAACUCGAAUCUUCGCGUGGAAUAUAUCAUGGGCUAAGCUUUCUUCGUAUACAUUGGCAAUGCUUUGUGAUCUCUGAAAAUAUACAACAUGAUUACUGCGACAUUCUAUGCCGAUAGCGUUACUGGGGCUGCGGAGAUGAUACUUGAGGAAUAUCUGAGGAACACCGAUAGACCGUAUAAUCAGGGUGGGCAAAACAUUUACUUGGACGGCUGGGAAGGGGUCGGCGCGUCCGCAGUCCUUGCGGCCGUAGCGGAGUCAGCCAGAGCCAGGCGCAAGAAAUCUACGUAUGACAUAGUGAUCCACGUGGAUUGCUCCCAGUGGGAAAGCAGGAGAGCGCUGCAGAAGAAGAUCGCCGAGGAGCUCAAGCUCGGUGGUUCCGCAAUGGCCCUGUUUGGCUGGCAGGAUGAGGACGAUGAUUUCAGCGGCAUAGCCAAGAGCUCCCGAGCGGAGUUAGCUGACGCUGCAGAGCUCAUCUUUAAGGCACUGAAGGACCGUAGCUUUUUGCUGAUUUUUCACAACGGAAGUGACGAAGAGGUUGAUUUUCUUGAACUUGGUGUUCCUGUGCUUGAGCGGAGAAACUCGGUAUUGUGGACGUUCCGGGGGAGGUUUCGGCUUGAUCCUGCAAUCAGAGACAGAGUGAAAAAUGCUCAUGUUUUUGUUCGUGUAUGGCCUGAAUCUUGGGCCUUCGCCGAAUUACUAUGUCAAGAGGAGGCUGCUCAUGUUAGCAGUGGGAUCAGCGCAGCUCUAAUUACAGAAUGUUGGCUGUACUUGUCCCUUCUGUAUUAUAACAACUACACCUUCAUUUCCGAUGAUCAGGAUGUCCAUGCCUGUAACUACUGGGUGUGCGAUGGGAUAAUAGCAGGAGAUAGUGCACGGGAGAUUGGUGACAGACUUUAUCAAGGGAUGCAACUGAAAUAUCUUCCUGCAAAACGGAACCAUUACAUGACGUUCAAUGAGUAUCUUGAUAGCAAAGCAACAAGGCAUCGUCGAUGGGUUUCAGUAAUGCCCAAGAAUUCAGAUGAGGUGGAAAAUAUACAAACCAUACCAUUGGAAGCAACAUCCUAUUUUUUGAUGUUCCAAAGAUCUGAUCCUCCGAAGGUAUUGCCAAACCACUUGUUCAGCCAAGACAACAAUCUUCGUGUGCUAAGACUUUCUUGGUGUACAUUCAUUUUUUCAUCCCCUCCUUUUACCUGCUGUAAGCAUCUCAAAUUUAUUCUAAUAGACAGCUGCAGAGACAAAGAUGUCAGUUUAACUAGUGAUGGAUAUUAUGAGAAGAAAGGAAAUAAAUGGGCUUUUCUACAAAAUUUAUGGGUUUUGGACAUACGUAAUACAAACUGGGACUGGAUCUUAUCCUCAUCAAAGAUGGUGCUGAUGGUUGAACUCAGGGAGCUUUAUCUCAAGGCCACGGGAACAAGAUUGCACGAUCAGAUAUUGCUUGAUAUGAGUUGUCACUCUAAUCUUCGAAUGUUCAGAGUGAUUGAUUCAUCUACUUACCUGAAGGUGGCAGUACAUGAUUCACUCCAGCAUAUCAAGAAUCUAGAGCUCCUUGACUUAUCAGGCAACACCACCCUGCAUGUUCUGCCAAAUUUAUCAGGGGCAAGUAAACUGAAGGUGCUCAUUCUUGAUGGUUGUAUUGGCUUGGAAGUAGUGGAACCUAGCACUCUUCCCAUAUCGUUGGAGUCAUUCAGUUUUGAUGGAUUUGGACCAGCCUCCAGGUGGAAGCACUCUCUACGGAUGCCAGACAAUGAGACCCGGCCAAAUUCAGACAACAAUCAAGGGCAUCCUAGUGCAAUCUCCAAGAUAUCACUAGAGGGAUGUGAGCAACUGAAGAAUGUAUUCUUACGUGGACUGCCAAACCUCGAAGAGCUGAACCUGUCGGAGACAGGAAUUGAAGCACUUGACCUAGAAGCUAUGCUGGUCAAACGGCUUGAAAGGCUCUUCCUACUGGGCUGUGAGAAGCUUGUCAGGGUGAAAUGGCGUGAUGCAAGAGACCCUCCACUAAAGUUGCUCUGCAUAGACACCAGAGGAAAAGCAGAGAGAUCCAUGGAUGGUUGCUGUCAGAGAUCUCAUUUGCACUCCCAACAAGAUGAUGCAGCCCAUCCGUCUGUACAUGUCGUAGCUACAGAUGCUAGGUUGCUUCGUGGCUUCAAUACUAGAAAUUCUAGCACUGUGUUUGGCAGUGAAGUUUCAUCCCAGCAUCUCCAUUUGCAUCUCUCUGCUACUGUCAACGAAUCACCAGUUCUUCCAAGAGGUAAGGAGGAGGAAGCCAGUUGUAGAGAUGGAUUGGUUCAUGCAUUCCCCUACCUUGACGUCAUUGACAAGGCUCUUAACAAGGAUGGUGAAGAUGGCUGCUCAGUGCCAUCUUGCAAUCAUCUUGUGCCUCAGGAUCUCCAUGUAGAAAUUGGCAAAGGAGGAAGCAAUUUGGGACUCGAACAGGAUCUCGAUGGUAUAUGUUCCUUAAUCUAUAAUACUCAAUCAUUGCAUAUUCAUGACAACUCCUCCAUCAGAAUUGGUAACCUUGGAGACAAAACUGAUGAUCAAUUCAGAAAUCUCAGAUGGUGUCAUGUCACAAGGUGUCUCAAGAUGCACACGGUCUUCCUCUCUAAUGGUUGUACACUGGACUCCUUUAUGAGCCUGGAGACGCUCUGGGUAUCUCACCUGCUAGCAGCCCAGUACAUCUGGGGUAGAGAUUUAUGUUUUGACGAAGGGGACAGAGCUGCUGCCUUUUCCCGGUUACGGUGCAUACACCUGCACUCGUGCCCCAGGCUAAGAAUCGUCCUCCCCUGGUCCUUCCCCACCAUGGAUAGCUUGGAAACCAUCCACAUCACGUAUUGCAGUGAGCUCAGGCAGAUUUUCCCAAAGGAACAAGGUGACUGGGGACGAGAUCGUGUUGCUAGGACUGAGAGAAUAGAAUUCCCAAGGCUGAGGCGCAUCCAUCUCCACGAGCUCCCCAUGCUGCAGGACGUGUGUGAAACACCCAUGUCAGCGCCCGUGUUGGAGACCAUCGAGCUCCGAGGCUGCUGGAGUCUCAAACGGCUGCCAGUGCAAGCCAUCCAUGCGGUGGUGGACUGCGAGAAGGAACUGUGGGACAAGCUGGACCUCGAUCAUCGCUUCACCCGGCGGCACCCGCGCUACAGCAAGAACAAGUUGCCCCGGGGAUCGCUCCUCAGGUGAUUUUCCUCCAAUGUUGAAGCCUGCCUGCCUAGUGUUGCUGAGGCGAAGUGGUCAGUCUCCAUGUUUGCAACAAGAGAUGUGUUUGCUGUCGUUAACUACGUACUCUUCCGUCGUCGUAUUUGUUUGUGUGGCCUGCGAGUUUCUCGUCAGACAAAAAUAAAACGCUGGACACGUACGGGUACUGUGUGCAGCUUGCUUGCACAUCCUUGUGUGCACGACCAGUUUGUCAGCUUUGUGAUUUGGUUUGUUGGUUUGAAUAUGGUGUGUAAUUUCAAAUAAAACGUAUGGUCAUCAGCCUGCGUGCAUUGGAAUGACCUGGUUUUGUGUGUGAUUUGGCUAAAGAACAUAAGCUUUGUACUGCCGUGAUUGAUCUGAUUGAA